AUGCGCCUGUCUUCAGGCCUCCUUCUGGCCAGCGCCUCUAGUGCGCUUGGCCAAUUCAACCAGUUUACCAGAUUCACAAACACGAGCACCUCUGCUGUCGAGACCUCGACCUCUCCCACUGAGUUCGAGACUUCUUCUGUCCCGUCUACCGCGAGCAUAGAGACCACUUCCACCAGAGUCGAGGCCACCGCUUCGUCCUCAGCUUCUGCCUUUGCACCAAUUGUAUUGAAUCUUAAAGACGCCAUUUUGGGCCCCGGUUCUUCUUUCUACCCACCACCAGACGGCGAUACGAUUCUCAUGUCUCCCGUGGGCAGUGGCUCUAUCCUCAAGCGUCGCGCUGGUACUGUUCCCUUUCCGGUUAUCGCCCCCUUGAAUCUUCCCAACAAUGCAGGUUCCACUUUAAAACAACAAAUCUCUUCAACUCUAGCGUCUGCUUCACGCGCCGGCUUCUACAGCCUCCAGGUCGCUAACGUCUCGUGCGCUGGCGCGAUCGUUUGUCCCAGCGGAUUCAGGAAGCGGGAUGAAAGUAGCCCUUGUGCUUUCCAAGUUAUCUCCAAUGGUGAGGUUAUCCAGAUUCAACCUAUUCCUGAAGGCUUCAGCGGCCGUAUUGAAAUAUCUACCAACCCUUUCGUUCUGCAACUAGAGAAUGAAUUAAAACUCGAACAAUCUUGCGGUGAUGUCAUCGUCCCUGUAGUCCUUGAAGCGGUCACGCUCAAGGAUGCUCAGGGUGCAACUCCAACUCCUAUCCCUACACCCAGUAUUGGUGUUCCUACUGGUAGUGAGACUGAUUCUUCUACCGAAACCAACACGGCAGAGUUUACUACCAACUCCGAAGGCGAGACCAUCCUCCCUACUACCAAAAGUCAAGACUUUACGACCAACUCAAAAGGUGAGACUGUCUUCCCUACCGGGACGGAUAUCGCUACAAACUCAGAGGGUGCCACUACGAACUCGGAGGGUGAGACAGUCUUUCCAACUAGCACUUCUACUAGUACCAUUUCUGCAACCUCAACUUCUACUUCGGUUGCUGGGUUUCCCGGUGAUGUCGGCGGUUUCAGUCUCUUCGGAUGUGCAGCAUCUACCUCAGGCUUCCCUACCUUUACGCUUGCCGAGUCGAGCACGCUGAUGGAUCUCGAUGUAUGUGCUGGCCUUUGUGAGGGACGUGCCUAUUUUGGCGUCCAUGAUACCGCUUGUUACUGCGGUGAUGUGUAUGACUUUGACAGUACUGUGUUUUACAACCUGGACCAAUGCGACAUCGAGUGUCCUGGAGACAAGAUGCAAUUCUGUGGAGGUGAAGUCGAGAACAAGCUUCGAGCCCGCCAGGUCAUCUCUAGCAAUAUCCUCCUUACACUUUACGCCAGGGCCGAGACUGUUGUCUCCCUGACUGAGUCUGUCACCCAAACGGUAACUAAUCAGGAGACUAUUGUUACCACUUUCACCACUGUCGCUAGCGAUGAAAGCAUAGCCACCGAGGUCGUCACUGCCACUCUGGUAUGCGUUGAUGGGAAAUGCCAUUCAAGCGGCUCAAGAAACGUUGCCGUCUACAUUUUUGUCGAGAUCAAUGGCAGUGAGUGUGAUGGCCAGUGGGUUUACAUCUCUGAGCCCUGUCCUGGUGGUCAACAGUAUAUCCCCCAUCUCUGCUCGGACGGAAAAUGCGCCAGCAUCAAGGUUUACAAACCUCAAAAAUGCCCAGAUUGGUAUAACUAUAAGUCUUUCUUUGUUCCAUCAGAUUGCACGACUUGCGCCCAGGGCAAGAUUAGCUAUCAGCCUUGGGACAAGUCUUGGGGCAUGCCUGAUAACUGCAACGACCAAGUUCCUAUCUGCGACACACUCGAAUGUCCUUCUCAGCAGCCGGUUGUUAAACCACACCACGGUAUCAGCUGGAACUCCACUAUUACUCAUGGAGGGUCUGGAGGAGGCUAUAGUCCGAGCCCCAACGGCGGUUCCAGUGGAGGAUCAAGCUCAGGCUCAAACGGGGGGUCAAGCUCGGGCUCCAAUGGAGGUUUAAGUGGGGGUUCUAGUGGAGGCAGCAGCAGUGGUUCAAACGGAGGUUCCAGCUCUGGUUCUCAAGGAGACACAGAGGGUUCUGGAUCUUCUGGUUCUAAGGGCUCUUACCCCAGCACUGUCCCUAUUAUUAGUGGUGCUAUCAAGCAGACAUCUGGUGUACUUUCUCUUCUUGUCGGACUUUUAGCCCUUCUUUAA